CCAGUGAACCCCGGAAGGUGGACCUCUUGUCAGUCUCCUUGGUGUCGGUGGCAAUAGUGACGGCGCUUCUAGUGUUGAUUCUGGUCAUAAUUGUAAUCCUAGUGAAUCGACAUCACAAGAGGAAGACGAAGAAGCUAUCAGAUAAAAUUGAGGAGCUAUCAACAUUAUCCAGACAGACGUCGCGAAGGAGACUAAACUCUAAUACGGCGAGCACCGACACGAGGAUGCAGUUGGAAGAGAGCAUGAAUCUGAGAGGACAUCACCCCGACAGCCUGAGGGACCCCAGUAUCAGCUCCAUGAUGGGGGAAGAGGCAGACAGACGCAGCUACUCCACGCUGACCACUGUACGGGAAAUAGAGACUCAGACAGAACUGCUGGCCACGGUUCCAGAUGAGGAGGUGAAAGAAGAUGAGGAUGAAGGGCUGGAUGAACCAAUGGAGGAGAAAGAACUGGAACAAAGUGAGCAAGGGAGCACCGGAGUUUUGUCCACCCAGCCCUUCAUCAAGCAGGGCAUGAGCCAUUUCUAUCAGGAGAAUGGGACUCUACGAGCCAAACCGACUACUAAUGGCAUCUACAUAAAUGGCCGAGGACACCUGGUAUGACUGUUACUCCCCCAACCCUAUAAGACUCAGGGCAAAGAGCCAGGACAAAAUCUGGUAACAGACUCCCAGUGGCUGCUCCAGUAGGACAUCACAUGGCCGAUUACUAGACUGGAUUGUCUUGAGCCGUCGUUAACCCCUAAUAUUCUGCUGAAUUGUGCAGAUCUUAUUGUGACAAACUGAUGAUGACUGGAGGCAUGUUCUGGGCACCCUCAAAGGGGCUACCACUGCACAAAGUAUCACCAUAGCCAUGUCUGCAGGGUCCUUGGGAUGGAACCCUUGGCACAUGGAGUCUUGUGAAGAGUUCUGGAUUUAUACUCGUUAUUACCUGAUAACAAGACGUCUGCCGCUUGUUGGUGCAAUAAAUGUGAGCAAUGUGCAGGUAACGCAGCCUUCUGUACUCGUGUCGCUUUCAGACAUCGUCAUGCUUGGAAUAUUGUCUUACAUUGUAGAAUUACAUAAAUCUGUCCUAGUAGUAAGUGAAGACCACCGGGCUAGAAG